AUGAUAAUCAGGUCCUUUUGUCGUCGCGCAAUCGCCUCGUCACUUGCCCUCGUCUUGCUGCUGGCCUCCUCGCCGGAGCCUGCGUACGCCAAAAAGGAUGGCCCUUCCAUCUCUUCCACCAAAUUCGACAAUGCUAUCGAAAAUGUAUUUUACUUCGACGACUCCAAUGUCGUCAUGGGCCAAGAUAAAGAGACAAAUACUGUCUGGCGUAGCGCCGACGCAGGACAGACAUGGACAGAGGUCAAUGGUCAAGGGCAGUCUGGUAACGCCUGGGAAUUGUACCCUCACCCGUGGGAUCCUAAACGCGCAUACAUCCUCGGAAUCAAAUUCGAUCAUUGGAUAACAACGGACAGGGGCGAGACAUGGAGAAGGUUCUCGUCUUCCGGCGCAGGACUGGCUCUGUUCCGCAGCAGUCCAUUGAGCUUCCAUGGGCGAGAUCCGAAAAGAGUCAUCUGGAACGGCGAGCAAUGUGUGGGUCUGGCUUGCACAGAUGUAGCCAUGUAUACGGAUGAUGACUUUGAGACAAUAAAAAAGAUGGGCAGCCAGACCAGAGGGUGUCAAUGGGCGGUCAGUACCCCCGACUUUGCCGAAGAAAUUGCCCCCGAAAUCAACGAUCGAAUCUUCUGCAUUGUAGAAGGUCUAUAUUCUCCUUGGCCCAAAGACAAUAGAUUGCUCGUGUCGGACGAUUUCUUUGACCGAGAGAAAGCCGAACCUGCAUUAGAUGAUGGUCGAGCCGUUACUGGUGUCAUCAGCAUGGCUGCGGUGAAGGGGUUUGUGGUUGCUGCUGCCAAGUCUGAAGGCACAGAUGAGCUGGCUCUAUAUGUGACCAAAGACGCCUCACAGUGGCACCGGGCAGAGUUUGGGCAGCAUCGGAUCAAUGAAGAUGCCUACACGAUCCUCGAAAGCACCAACUACAGCAUGCAAGUCGAUGUCCUCGGAUCAAGACCGUCCAAUCCAAUGGGCUACCUCUUCACGUCUAAUUCUAACGGAACAUACUUUACCCGUAACAUUGAUCAUACCAAUCGAAAUAUCUACGGGCAUGUGGAUUUUGAGAAGGUUCAAACGAUUCAAGGGAUUGUUCUCGUCAACACCGUGGAGAAUUGGGAAGAAGUCGAGCGCUCGACCGUGGCAGACAAGAAGAUCAUCUCACAAAUCAGUUUCGAUGACGGCAGGACAUUUCAAAAUCUCAAGGCCGGAGACAAACAAUUGCACCUACAUUCGGUGACCGAUGCCAAGCAGGCGGGCAGGAUAUUUUCUAGCCCCGCCCCUGGCAUUGUCAUGGGCGUUGGGAAUCCUGGGAAAUAUUUGAAAGAUUAUAAUGAUGGUGAUCUUUUUGUCUCGGACGAUGCGGGGGUGACAUGGUACGAAGGUCUCGACGGAGCCCAUCUCUACGAGUUCGGUAAUCAGGGAGCCGUCAUCGUUGCAGUCGAUAAUGAGGAGGCGACGAGUCACAUCAGAUAUUCCAUCGACCAUGGAAAGACGUGGACUAAGGCCGACCUAGGCGAAAAAGUCCGUGCCGCAUUUCUCACCACCGUUCCCGAUUCCACUACCCUCAAAUUUCUCAUGAUGGGCUCGCGCGGAUCCGGUGCCAAAACAGAAUGGUUCAUGUUCAAAAUCGACUUUGAAGGCCUUCAUGGGCGCGUUUGUGGAAAGGAUGACUUUGAGCGUUGGCCGGCUCGAGUCGAUGCGGACGGCAAGCCCAGCUGUCUCAUGGGGCACAAGCAAUUCUUCCGUCGACGCAAAGCUGACGCCGAAUGCUUCAUUGACGAUGAGUUCAAGGACCCCGUCCCUGAGUUUGAACCGUGUGUUUGCACAAAAGCGGAUUUCGAGUGUGACUAUAACUUUAUCCGGGAUCCAAACGAUCGGUCGAAAUGCCUUCCCGCCGGGCCGGUUUCUGUUUCGGAAGGAGAAUGUAAGAAUGAGAAGGAUACAUAUCGAGGUCCAUCUGGAUGGCGAUUAAUCCCGGGAAAUGAGUGUAAUCGCAAAGGUGGAGAGGAACUCGAUAAAGAAAUUGACAGGCCAUGUUCGGAUACCGUGAAGAAACCAGUUUCCGGUGACAUUGUGGUUGAGAAGACCAAUUUCAAUGCCGAUCGCUUCUCUGAGUGGUAUUAUCUCGAAAGAGGCGACAAGUCUGAUAGAAGCGACGAGACCAUUGUGAUGCGCACGAGCGAACGAGACAUCUUUAUCACUCGAGAUCACGGCAAGUCUUGGGAACCAAUUCUGAAGGGCGAGCCCAUCACUGCCAUCGCUCCCAAUCCUCACAACUCCGACGUGGUUUUUUUCCUGACUAGCUCGAAGACGGUACAUUACACCAUUGAUCGGGGAGACCGAUUCGACCAGUUUUCAGCACCGGAGCGUCCGAGCAAUCUGAGAUUACCGACGUUAAAAUUCCAUCCACAAUACAAGGAUUGGUUGCUCUGGGCCGGCGCCGUCGGAAAAGAUGACCAUACCAAUGUUUUCUUCUCCAAAGAUCGUGGUGAUCAUUGGCAGACGUUGGUUCGGUACGCCAGGAAGUGCGAAUUCAUUUCCAGAGAAGGGGAAGCCAGGUCGGAUCAACUCAUCUAUUGCGAGCAGUACGAGGAUGAGAAUCCCGACAAAAACCUCAGGCUCUUGUCCAGUGACAACUUUUUCGGGGACUCAACAGUUCAUUUCCCGGACAUUCUGGACUUUGCCACGAUGUCGGAAUUCAUCAUUGUUGCGGCCAAGACAGAAGAUCGGCAGAGCUUGAAGGUGGAUGCCAGUGUUGAUGGACGGACUUUUGCCCCUGCCGAAUUUCCCAGGAAUUUCCACGUUGAUCACCAACAAGCCUAUACGGUGCUGGAUAGUUCAACCCAUGCCGUCUUUCUUCACGUCACGGUCAAUGCCAUGCCCGAUCGUGAGUAUGGAGCAAUCAUCAAAUCGAAUAGCAAUGGGACAUCGUACGUUCUCACUCUCAGUGCGGUCAAUCGUGAUAACGAAGGCUAUGUCGACUUCGAAAAGAUGCAAGGACUGGAAGGAGUUGCCAUGGUCAACAUUGUGUCAAAUCCGGAGGAGACGAAUCAUGGCGAGAAGAAAAAACUCAAGUCAAUGAUCACACACAAUGACGGGGCAGAGUGGGCAUUGAUUCCGCCCCCGAAAAAGGAUGCCUCUGGGAAUGACUACAAAUGCGUCAAAGAAGCUAAUAAAGCCGGCCCGAAAUGCUCUCUGCACAUUCAUAGUUACACUGAACGAGCCGACAAAUCCGCCACAUUCUCCAGCCCUAGUGCGGUUGGUCUCAUGAUGGCCGUUGGUAAUGUGGGUGAAUAUCUUCUUCCCAAAGACGACGAGAGCACAGACACAUUUAUCACUCGCGAUGCUGGCAUAACGUGGACGUCAGUCAAGAAGGGUAGUUACAUGUGGGAAUAUGGUGAUCAAGGCAGCAUCAUCGUCAUUAUCAAGGAAUCACAACCAACCAGGAGCCUUUUCUACACCCUCGACGAAGGUGAAUCAUGGAGAGAAUUCGAAUUUUCCCCCAACGUCGAAAUGCAAAUUGACGCCAUUACCACCGUUCCGUCAGACAACUCUCGAAAUUUCUUACUUUGGGGUCGGGAAGUAGGAAACAAUGCCAGACAGGGCAUUUUUACAGUCCAUCUUGAUUUCGGUGGACUCGAGGAACGACAGCGAAAAUGUGACCUGGACGAGCAAAACCCGGUUAACGACGAUUACAUGCUAUGGGAACCGAAACAUCCCAUGCAAGACUCGAACUGCCUAUUUGGACAUGUGGCCCAAUACCAUCGCAAGCGAGCCGACGCGCAAUGCUUCAACGGCAAGAAAAUUGACCAUCUUCACAACAUCGCGCAGAACUGCAGCUGUACCCGACAAGAUUUCGAAUGCGACUAUAAUUAUCAAGUUCAGCCGGACGGAACAUGUCAGCUCGUGCCCGGCCUCCAACCGCAGGAUCAUAAACAGAACUGUCGUGAUAACCCCGACCAAGUCGAAUUCUGGUACCCAACAGGCUAUAGGCGAAUACCGCUGACGACGUGCCAAGGAGGCCGAGAGCUGGAUAAACUGGAAAGCAGACCGUGCCCAGGCCAUGAGGAAGAAUACGGAAAGAAACACGGCAUCAGUGGUGCGGCAUUGUUCUUUGCCAUUGUCAUCCCUCUUGCUGCCGCGGCGGGGAUUGGAUAUUGGGUAUACACGAAAUGGCAGACUGGGUUCGGUUCGUUUGGCCAGAUCAGGCUCGGCGAGAGCAUGGGAGAUACGUCGCAGUCAAGAGAUCCAGCCUGGAUUACAGUGCCGGUGGCGGUGGUUAGUGGCGUCGUGGCGGUCGCGAAGGCUACUCCCCUCCUUGUCAUGAGUCUCUGGAGGAGUGCCAAAGGAUAUGUUCCCCUGGGCUCUGGAGGUGGCGGAAGAUUUGGAGUUGGAAGAGGAACCGGUGCCAGUGGGUAUGGAGCCCCUUAUCGUUCGAGAGAUGCAUUUGCAAGGCGCGGACAAGAUUAUUCCCAGGUUGUCGAGGACGACGAGUUACUCGGGGAUGGGCUGGAUGAGGAUGAAGAAGUUUGA